GUAAAAUGUCUAAAGAUUUUGAGGAGUUUAAUAAUCAGGAGAACAUGCAAAAUAUGAACCGAAUUCCUAUCAAGACUAGUGUAAAAGCAUGCAAGAUGCUCAUGAAGAUUCCUAAAGAGACUAAUUUUAGUAAUAAGCGGACAAGUCAGUAUAUGAAUGAUUGUAAUGAAGAUAAGAAAGUAGAAUAUGAGUUUCCAACUUCAAAAUACUCUACUGUGACUCCUGUUAGGAAAUAAACAGAUGAAACAACUUGAAGAGUAUGGUGCUGGGCCUGAGGACACUAUUAAGAUGUAUAAUAAGCUUAAUAAGGAACUCCCAAUGGCUGAUGAGUGCUUGUCAACUGUGAAAAUAAUCCCAAGAAAAAUUGCGCGCAAUGAGGAAAUUAAGCUCAAUCCAUUUAAUAAAGUUAAACAGAUAUCUUUAAAGAAAGUUCCUCCUCAACAGCUUGAUCUAAACCCAAGUGUGGACUCGACUCCACGAGAUAUUUCUGUUUCAGCGACCUCUCUUACUUCCUCAGUGAGUAGUAUAUUCUUGUCACCAGGUAAAUUAGACAGAAUGUAUCACAACAAAAUGAAUAGGAUUAAAGAGAAAGUAAUAAAGUCGAACUCAGAGCUGAGCCAAGACCUCACUAAUGAGCUUUCAGACCACACCCUCUCUGUUGGAAAUCUGAAGAAAUAGCUUGAAUAUUAAAGCAUCUUCUUCUCAAAUAGAAAGAGUGGAGGUAAAGCUCUGGAAUAUUUUACAAAAAUUGUCAACAGGCUCAGCCAAUGUCGGCAGACUUUGUGAAGAUUGGUGGGAGCUGAGUCAAGACUGAGCAUUUAUCUAUUAUUUUGAUAGGUUCUUCAAGAAUGAAGAGCAUAAAAAGAUCCUAAUAAAAUCAUCAAUUCUGGAAUUAAGCAGCAUUUCGCUGAUUUAUCUCUCAAAUUUGCAACAAAAUGAGAAUUCUGGAGUAUUUAUGACACUAAUGAAGAAUAUUUUCUUAUGAAUCUAUCAGAGUUUCUUAAUCCAGCUAGAAUUACUUUCUUUAUGAAUAGCUAAAUUGCGUGACACUGAGGAGGACAAUAGCAAGGAGAGAAGCCCGUUUGCAAAUAAACAAACUGGGAAAAAUUGGAAGAACUCAACUACUUCCUUCCAAUCAGAUAGCAAGAAGUUUGACUACCACUCUAUUGGGGCCAAGUUCAAAGAAAUCUUGUGUAAAAGGAAGAGGAAGAGACUCAAGAACAAGGAUGAAAUAUUUACAUUUUUGAUUAAAUUUAAUGACCUUAUUGAGGAAGGACUCAGGAAAAUAUGUAAAGGCAGAUUUGAACACUCUAAAUUUUUUAAGCAUGAAAGCAUUAAUAGUGUAGAGGACAUCAAAGAAUUAUCAAGUUAUUUCUCUUCAUACUGAAAAAGUACCCUCUGGUUGAUCGUUGAUAUCUUAGAUUUUAAUGACUAUAAUCUUGCUAGAGAAUACCUUAUUAAGGCUCUUGAUGGAGUUGGGUCAGCUAUACAGAUGCAGAAAAAUAAUGAAGAGCAUUAUCUCUCUAAAGUAGGAGGCACAGGUCUUGGAUCUGAUGGUUAUGAUGAUGCUUUACCAAGCGUAUGAGCCCCAUUCUUAUCCCCAAUAGAUGGUGAGAGAUAUGAAUACACCCUUGUGUUGGAUCUUGAUGAAACUUUAGUUCAUUAUUUUCAGAAUGAGAACGAAGGAAAGUGCUUGAUCAGACCAAACACUGAAGAUUUUUUGAAGGAGAUGAGCCAAUAUUACGAAAUUGUCAUUUUCACGGCAGCCAUGCAAGAUUAUGCUGAUUGGGUUAUAGAUCAAAUUGAUCCUGAGGGAUAUAUUAAAUAUAGGCUCUAUAGACAACAUGCUCUCCCUUGAGGCUCUAUAUUUUUGAAAGACUUGUCAAGGAUAGGAAGAGAAAUGUCUAAAAUGAUGAUAGUUGAUAAUGUUCCAGAGAACUUCCAACUCCAGCCAGAUAAUGGGAUAUUUAUAACAAGCUGGUUUGAUGAUGUUGAAGACACGGCUCUAAAUGAGCUCAUACCUAUUUUGGUUGAAAUUUCUAGAAAAGAAGUAUACGAUGUUAGAGCUGCACUUAGAACUCUUAGAAAUCAGAUGAUUGACCAAAUUAAUAACGGGGUUGAUGUAAAUGCAGUAGUUUAUUCUCUCUAAUAAAUUUAUGUCAUAAUAAAUUAU